AUGCGGAUACGCCCCAACGGCUUGACUGGCACCAGCACCCACGGCCUUGGCAUCUCACACCUACACAUAGACCAACCAGUCCCUGCAUCGUCGACUGAGGCGGGAGAUACGUCUACCAAGAUCUUGGAUAUCAUUUACGAACAUGCGCUCGACAAGUUUGACGAUUCCAAAGAGCGUCUAGCGGCAGGAAAGGCGAACUUCCUGUCCGUAAUCGACCGAUUCGUCCUGGCAGGUGAACGUGUUGAAGCAUGUUUGCCGGCCUUUCCUUUCAAGUCGGCCAACAAGGUUUACAAAGUCCUUGGGUCCCUUCCGGACAAGGCGGAAGAGCUAGCGCUUCAACGGUUGAACCACAUGUGCGCAAGGAUCAAGGGUGUCUACAAGCCGGGAGCAAGAGUUACCAUCAUAUCCGAUGGUAUCACCUACAACGACCUUUUGUCGAUAUCCGACCGCGAAACAUGGAUCUAUGGCGAGGCUUUACGGCAGAUGGCGGUCGAGAAGAAGUUCACGUACGUUGCCUUCUCUCGUCUGAAGGACAUACUAGACCUUCCGCUCCCGGACAAAUUGCGAGAGAUCACAUAUGUUGCGAAUUGUACCAACUUCCGCCGACUGCUUCUGAACAAGCACGGAAGGCCGGAUAUCGAUAUCGAUAAGGAGAUCAAGGAGAAUGCUGAUACGAGACUCACUUAUCUCGGCUACCGCAAGUUUCUCGAGUCGGAUCUGAAGCACAUAUUCGCACUUGGAGAGAACCGCGGCAGCAACCAAUACAAGAGGGACGUCAAAUAUCUAGCCAAGCAGAUGCUGUUCAGAGGAUACGCUUAUGCUGGAGCAGUCAAAGCCGCCUUCCCACACCACCUGAGGUUAUCAAUACACGAAUCGAUAGGCGACCACAAGAUAUCGAUAAGUCUCUUGAACACCAAGACGGGCUACACCACACCAUGGCACUGCAGCGUAGCCAUGCUAGGCGACGGAACAUGGGUGAGCGCGCCUAAAGGCGAGUUCGAGAAGGACCAGCGGCUUGAGCUAAUAUACGAGAACGGGCGGCCAAGCUACUUCAAGGAGAACAGGCUGCAAGAAUCGGAUAUGCCGUGGAUCAGCGAAGCCAACACCGGCUAUCUGCAAGCUCGCAGCCCGUUCAGCGGCACCAAGAGCGGAUAUUCAUCGCCGAGCGCGAUGUCGAUGGCCAGUGACGCAUCAACCCCACCAACGUCCGUCGUACAUUCACCACCACGUUCUUCACCGCGCUCUUCACCACGUUCUUCAGCAAACAUGAAGUCCUCGGACUCAUCAUCCGCAGACGGCACUGGUGGAGAGCCGGCGUAUGGACGCCGUCUCAUACCUCAGAUCAUGGACCAAGUCGCGCGGUAUAAUCCCAACCGGGUUGUCUUCUCCAUCGCAACGACUUCCGACGCAGGUCUGACGUUCCGAGACAUAUCAGCGCAUACUUUUGCGAAGGCCGUGGACAAGACAGCCUGGUGGCUCCAUGACCAGAUUGGCAAGUCGGCAUCGGUGCGGCCAGUAGGCUACGUCGGGCCACACGACCUCCGACAUGUCCUCCUCACAUAUGCUUGCGUCAAGGUCGGCUACGCCGCACUCAACCUUUCGCCCAAGAACAGUGUUGAAGGCGCCCUGGCUGUGCUCGAAGCUACCGAAUGCAACGUUUGGGCCAAAGCAUCCGAUGUACCGGCAGCCCCCCUGGUGAAGAGCUUCCUGGAGAGGCGCUCAAUGAAGCUGCUGGAGCUACCACUCUUGGACGACCUGUUGGAUGCAGAAGCCGCCAAGCCAUUUCCGUUUACCAAAACGUUCGAUGCCGCGGUCUCAGAACCUUUCUGUUAUCUUCAUACAUCGGGCUCCACGGGGGUGCCAAAGCCUAUUCCAUGGUCUCACGGUCUGAUUGGGACGAUGGAUGCGAUUCGCCUACUUCCACCUGUCGAUGGCGACGGGGGAAUGGUGCCAUGGACGUCGGACUGGAAGGAAGGAGACCGGAUUUACUCUUCCUUUCCCAUGUGCCACGGCGCUGGCAUCAUCAUGGACAUUCUCAUGCCGGCAUUGUUUGAUCUACAGUGUGUUUUGGGACCGAAAAACGUGAUCCCCAACAUGUCGCUGAUCGAGAACCUCGCCGAUGGCGCCAAGAUCGACAUCUGGAGUAUGGUCCCAUCACUCGUCGAUGAGCUUGGAGACACGCCUGAUGUGUUGGCCAAGCUCCAUACAUCUAAGUUCAUCUGCGCUUCCGGUGGUCCAGUCAGCCCAGUCAGUGCCGGCAAAGUCAACGACGUCAUCAGAGUGCUCAACUUGACGGGAACGACAGAGGGUCUCUUCAUCGGCAACCUCGUUGUUGAUAGAGAGGAUUGGUUAUGGUUCGCCUUCCACCCGUACUCCGGCUUCGACUUCAAGGAAGUUGAACCUGGUAUUUAUGAACACUGGGUGCACCGCAACGAACAUUCGUCCUUAUUCCAAGGCAUCUUCCACACAUUUCCAGACCAGAAGUCUAUCAAUCUCAAGGAUCUCUACAAGCAACACCCUACUAAGCCCAAUUUGUGGGCGUUCACAGGGCGCAAUGAUGAUCUCAUCGUCCUGUCCAACGGCUAUAAGAUUCUACCAUUGGAGUUCGAAGCCCUAGUGGGUACACACCCUGCGAUUGAUGGCUGCCUUGUUGUGGGUAGCCACAAGCGCCAGCCAGGCCUUCUCAUCGAAUUAAAGGCUGCCGUGGACAAGAGCGAUGAACUCAUGGACAGCAUUUGGGCCAAAAUAGAGACUAGCAUGUCUUCAGCGCGACACGCCGUAAACUUGACACGCGACUAUGUUAUCUUUGCGCAACCAGAUAAGCCCUUCGUCCGUACCGAUAAAGGAACCGUCAAGAGAAGAGGAACAAUUACGCUCUACGAUGACUACAUCGAGCGACUCUACAGCUCUCAAAACCCAGAGAUUACUUUUGACAUCGAUACCAGCUCUACAUCCACGUUGCAGCAGUCAGUAAAGGACAUACUCGCGUCCUCUCUUCCAGCCAUCUCGACCGCCACCCCGAACGAUGACUUGUUCGCCCUCGGACUUGAUUCAUUGGGAGUGUCUGCAUCGGUCACUGCUAUCCGAUCAGCUAUCGCAGGCCUGGACAAACUCGCACCCCGUCAUCUGUAUGCCAAUCCAACCCUGGCCAAGUUUAUCGCCGCUCUCGAGCCAAUGAUCGCUGGAGUGAAGAAUGGAGAUAGCACAAGUCAUGCUGCUAGCGACCGAGAAUCGACCCUGCAGCGCAUGAUCGCCCAGAGAAGAGCGUGGCAGUCCUUCCGGUUGAACCCCUUCGACUAUGUCAACCCAAACCACUACAUGGGACUAGUAUUCUACUUUCCCCUGAAAGCAGAUGCAACCUUUGAAGAGACGUUUGCGAACAUGCAGGCGGGACUCAAUCGGACUUUUGAGCUCAUACCAGCCCUUGGUGGAAAGAUGAUCCGAUCGUGCCAAGACGAGAUUGCAUAUACGACAGGCAACCUCUCCGUCGCCGUGCCACCCUUUGGUCGCCCAGCUCGCGACCGGCUAGUGUUCAAAGAUCUGUCUCACGUGCUUCCAACUUUCGAGACCCUACGAGAUGGUGGCUUCGUACCAUCAGCCUUCAAGGACGAGCUGGUCCUGCGACAGGAUACUUUCCCAAAGCUGCCCGCAGAUAUCAUUGUGGCGCAAGCAAACUUCAUCAAAGGCGGUUGCAUCCUCGCUAUGGACCUCAACCAUUGCUGCCUUGAUGGAGUAGGUGCUAUUAUUGCCAUCAAGGCCUGGGCUGAGAACUGCAGGUACCUGCAAGGUGACUCAUCAGCAACAUGUGCGUGGUACGAUGCGGAGAGCUUCAACCACAGCCUUCCCGAAGUACUGCAUGACUUGGAGGGACAUGCGCGCUCGGUAGAUGAGAUCGACCCUGAUGUCUGGGGCCUACUUCCAUUUGUUCCCACGGACGAUGUCCUUGCGAAACAUGCUGCCAGGGCAGCAGGACCUCUCGGCCGACCGCCACGCUACCCGCUGCACUCGGUAUGGCCCUUGCCGGCUGCUGAGAGGAAGAUGGACACUACCCUAUUUUUGAUCUCACCCGAGAAGGUCGAGUUGCUCAAAGCGGACGUCGCAAGCGAUCCGGCCGCUAACGGCGUCACCACAUCCAUCAGCGAUAUAAUACAAGCGUUCUUUUGGCGCUCCGCAUUGCGAGCUCGUCUCGCUGUAGCCAAGGCCAAUGGCCGACAGGUCAACCCCGACGACUUCUCCAUCCUCGAGUUGCCAACGGACGGGCGACCUUACUUCUCCUCCCUCUUACCAGACUCAUACAUGGGCAGUCUACUCACGCUCAACCGAACAAGCAUGCCAGUCGAAGAACUCUGCGCCUCGACUACGAGCAUUGCAAGUAUCGCGCAGAUGCUGCGUGCUUCUGCUGCGCGCAUGACACCGGCACUGAUACACGACGCGUUCACUCUGCUGCAGUCACUGCCAGAUCACAGCAGGUUCUCCACAGCCAACAUGGGUCUUGACCACAUGCACGCCAUGAUCUCAAACAUGAUACUCUUUCAGAUGAACGAGAUCAACUUUGGUCAUGCGUAUUUCACCAACGGAGGUUCGCCAGAGACGAUGAGGCCUCAGCUGGAACGCGGCAGUGGGCGAUUCAGGUUCCUGGUGGUGUUCCCACUGAAGGCAGAUGGUGGCGUGGAGUUGGUGUUGGGUACGUUCCCCGAAGAGCGAGAUAUGCUUGCGCGCGAUGAGGAGUUCACUAGAUAUGCGCGACUGGUUGAUGUUGCCGCUUGUUGA